AUGACCUUCAUUAUGGAUCAGCGUGUCUCGUCUUUUGUACUCCUCCUCGACAAGAUGCUUUGUGAACUCCAAAGAACAACAGGGAGGCCAGGCUUGGAUACAACGCGAAAGGACAGCCUCAGAUUUGGAUCUGAUCGGUUACCGCGAGCAAUUGAUGGACGCGACCCUGCCGAUAACUGGCCGUUGCAAAGACCUUCAUUGCUCCUUGCAUCUUUAUCUCCUCAGAACAUUCUUUUUGGGCGACUGUUAACGACCAUUUCCAGACUGAGGAAAGAAAAGGCUCAAAAGUCAGAUUUAACUGCGUGGGAGCUUGGUGGCAUGAGCACCGGGCGUCGCGUCCAAGAAGACGCCUCAAAACCAGCCAACGAGAUUACUUAUUCUGGGCUAUGGUUCACCGGCACCACCAGUGCAGUAGCUCGUAGUAGCUGA